GAUUUUUGCUUUGGGAUUUUGAUUUCUUGGCCGUAAACCAUGGAUUUGAGGCAUUUAAACCGUGGGCAAAUCACUCUGAUGGGGUGUGGAGCUUGUGUGUUGCUUACACUGCACUUCACUCUGAAGCUUGUAUCGCAGCAUCUGUUUCACUGGAAGAGCCCAAAGGAGCAGAAAGCUAUACUGAUUAUCAUCCUCAUGGCUCCCAUUUAUGCUGUGGAUUCCUUUGUGGGGUUAUUAGAUGUUCGAGGAAGCAAAGCGUUCUUCAUGUUCUUGGAGUCGAUCAAGGAAUGUUAUGAGGCCUUGGUGAUUGCAAAGUUCUUAGCUUUGAUGUAUAGCUACUUGAACAUAUCUAUCAGCAAAAAUAUUGUGCCGGAUGAAAUCAAAGGAAGAGAGAUUCACCAUUCAUUUCCAAUGACCCUUUUUCAGCCUCGAACGGUUAGGCUAAACCACCGAACACUGAAGCUUCUCAAGUACUGGACAUGGCAAUUCGUCGUCAUCCGGCCGGUGUGUUCGAUCUUGAUGAUAACACUGCAACUCCUUAAGAUUUAUCCUUUAUGGUUGAAUUGGACAUUCACCAUCCUCCUCAAUGUGUCUGUUUCAUUAGCCCUAUAUUCUUUGGUAGUCUUUUACCAUGUUUUUGCAAAAGAGUUGGCACCUCACAAGCCACUCGCAAAGUUCCUGUGCAUCAAGGGGAUUGUUUUCUUCUGCUUCUGGCAGGGAGUGGUACUCGACAUACUCGUCGCGAUGGGCAUCAUUCGAUCACACCAUUAUUGGUUGGAUGUAGAGCACAUUCAGGAAGCUCUUCAAAACACAUUGGUGUGCGUAGAGAUGGUUGCUUUCUCUGUUGUCCAGCGGUAUGCAUACAAUGCUGCGCCCUAUAGUGGAGAAACUGAAGCUAAGACAAAGCUUGACAAGAAAACUAAAUGAUAUUUUGGAUGCCCCGAGAACCCAAGUUGUACUAGGAAAAGAUAUAUAUACAUACGUACAUAUGUGUAUGUAUGUAUUUAAACAAUGCAUGUACUCUGUUUUCUAUUGAAACAACUGUUAGUGUUCGAAUAGAGCAUUCGGAACAUAGCAAAUUAAAUGAAAAGGAUUGUCCGAUAAUA